AACACUGAGCCUGUAGUAGCAUUCUUCGAGCUAGACAACUCGUCCUUCCAGCAUGCGUCCAACAACCAAUCUCUUGCUCACACUCAUCACCAUAAGCAUAUUUCCAUUCUUCACAAAUGGCACACUACAACCCCAGCAUCAGCAUGCCCAUGGCGGCGGCUGCAACCCUGACGAGAGGGCCGCCUUGCUCUCCUUCAAAGAGGGCAUUACAAGCAACAACACCAACCUCCUCGCCUCGUGGAAAGGACAGGACUGCUGCCGGUGGAGAGGCGUCAGCUGCUGCAACCAAACAGGCCAUGUCAUCAAGCUUCACCUUCGCAAUCCGAAUGUGACGCUCGACGCCUAUGGCUACGAUCAUGCAUGUGCUAGUGCCAGUGCUUUGUUCGGCGAGAUAAGUCCAUCUCUGCUUUCCUUGAAGCAUCUAAAGCACCUCGACCUCAGCAUGAACUGUUUACUUGGGCCAAAUAGCCAAAUUCCUCAUUUGCUAGGAUCCAUGGGAAACUUGAGAUACCUUAACCUCUCUGGCAUACCAUUUACCGGUAGGGUGCCUUCUCAUCUUGGUAAUCUGUCUAAGAUGCAGUAUCUUGACCUUGGCCAAGCUGGUGAUUAUUCUGAUAUGUAUUCAAUGGAUAUCACCUGGUUAACAAAGCUACCUUUCCUAAAGUUCCUUGGCAUGAGUGGAGUAAAUCUCUCAGGCAUAGCUGACUGGCCUCAUACCCUGAAUAUGAUUCCACCUCUGAGGGUUAUUGAUCUUUCUUACUGUCUUCUUGAUAGUGCAAACCAAUCACUUCUGCACCUUAAUCUCACAAAACUUGAGAAGCUUGACCUCUCCUGGAAUUUCUUUAAGCAUUCACUUGGAUCUGGCUGGUUUUGGAAAGUGACCAGCCUCAAGUACCUUCAUCUUGAGUGGAACUUACUAUUCGGCAAGUUCCCUGACACACUAGGAAACAUGACGUACCUUCGAGUCCUUGAUAUUUCAUAUAAUGGGAACCCAGACAUGAUGAUGACAGGGAACAUUAAGAAACUUUGCAGUUUGGAAAUCCUUGACCUCUCUGGUAAUAGGAUAAAUGGAGACAUAGAAUCCUUGUUUGUGGAGAGUUUGCCGCAAUGCACACGGAAAAACUUGCAGAAGCUGGAUUUAAGUUACAACAAUUUCACUGGAACUCUACCAAAUAUUGUUAGUGACUUCAGCAAGUUGAGCAUACUAAGCCUCUCCAAUAACAACCUUGUUGGACCUAUACCAGCACAACUUGGCAAUUUGACAUGUCUGACUUCUUUGGACCUCUUCUGGAAUCACCUGAAUGGAAGUAUACCACCUGAACUCGGUGCUCUUACCACUUUAACCUCUUUGGACCUAAGCAUGAACGACCUCACCGGGAGUAUACCGGCCGAACUUGGGAAUUUGAGGUAUUUGUCUGAACUUUGCCUCUCAGAUAACAACAUCACUGCUCCUAUACCACCAGAGCUUAUGAAUUCAACUAGCCUAACCCAUCUAGACCUGUCCAGCAAUCAUCUCAAUGGAAGUGUACCCACUGAAAUAGGUUCUCUUAAUAAUCUGAUUUAUCUGUACCUAAGCAACAAUAGGUUUACUGGUGUGAUCACGGAAGAAAAUUUUGCAAAUCUAACAAGUUUAAAGGAUAUAGACUUGUCUUUCAACAAUUUGAAGAUUGUACUGAAUUCAGAUUGGCGUGCUCCCUUUACAUUGGAGUUUGCAUCGUUUGCAUCUUGCCAGAUGGGUCCUCUGUUUCCACCUGGGCUUCAGCGGCUGAAAACCAAUGCACUUGACAUUUCAAACACCACUCUGAAGGGCGAGAUUCCUGAUUGGUUUUGGUCCACAUUUUCAAAUGCCACAUAUCUGGAUAUCUCUAACAACCAAAUAAGUGGCAGCUUGCCAGCACAUAUGCAUAGCAUGGCUUUUGAAAAACUCCACCUUGGUUCGAACCGGCUUACUGGACCAAUACCUACAUUGCCAACAAAUAUCACCCUGUUAGACAUCUCCAACAAUACAUUUUCAGAAACAAUACCAUCAAACCUUGGAGCAUCACGACUUGAAAUAUUGAGUAUGCAUUCAAAUCAAAUUGGUCGCUACAUUCCAGAAUCUAUUUGCAAAUUGGAACAACUGUUGUAUCUGGAUUUGUCAAACAAUAUUUUAGAGGGUGAGGUUCCCCACUGUUUUCACUUCUACAAAAUAGAACAUCUUAUACUCAGCAACAACAGUUUAUCAGGAAAAAUCCCAGCAUUUUUGCAGAAUAACACAGGUCUGCAAUUCUUGGAUGUGUCAUGGAAUAGGUUCUCUGGAAGAUUACCUACAUGGAUAGGAAACCUGGUCAAUUUACGUUUUCUCGUACUGAGCCACAAUAUAUUUUCUGAUAAUAUUCCAGUCGACAUAACAAAGCUGGGGCAUCUUCAAUACUUGGAUCUAUCACGCAACAACUUUUCUGGUGGAAUACCUUGGCAUAUGUCGAACCUAACAUUUAUGUCAACAUUACAAUCAAUGUAUAUGGUUGAGGUUACUGAAUAUGAUACCACCAGGUUAGGUCCUAUCUUCAUUGAAGCUGAUCGCUUAGGACAAAUAUUGUCAGUAAAUACAAAAGGGCAGCAACUUAUAUAUCAUGGAACACUUGCCUAUUUUGUGAGCAUUGAUUUAUCAUGCAACUCCUUGACUGGUGAAAUUCCUACAGACAUCACUUCGCUUGCUGCACUAAUGAAUUUGAAUUUAUCAUCGAACCAAUUGAGUGGACAAAUUCCAAGCAUGAUUGGCGCCAUGCAGUCACUGGUAUCUCUCGAUCUCUCUCAGAACAAGCUUUCCGGUGAAAUCCCAUCGAGCUUGUCAAAUCUGACAUCUCUGAGCUACAUGAACCUGUCCUGCAACAGUUUGUCUGGAAGGAUACCAUCUGGCCCCCAACUUGACAUCCUCAAUUUGGACAACCAGUCACUUAUAUACAUCGGCAACACUGGCCUUUGUGGCCCUCCUGUCCACAAGAAUUGUUCAGGAAAUGAUCCUUACAUCCAUAGCGAUCUCGAGAGCAGCAAGGAAGAAUUUGACCCACUGACCUUUUACUUCGGGCUUGUGCUGGGAUUUGUGGUUGGGCUCUGGAUGGUGUUUUGUGCACUGCUGUUCAAGAAGACAUGGAGAAUUGCUUAUUUCCGGUUCUUCGACAAGGUGUACGAUCAAGUCUAUGUAUUUGUGGUUGUGAAGUGGGCAAGCUUUGCAAAGAACACACCAGCAGAAUAAGCAACUUUUUCUGAAGGAGGUAGUGUUUGUGCUGCAACCUAUUGAAUGAGAGGUCUUGAAUAUUAACCAGGGUGUGCAAGAUCUCCAGCAACACAUGUUAUAUCGUGCGCCUUGUUUGUACCCUCUAAAUAAGAUGAAGAUGUCUAGCUCUUCUGAUACACUUAUGACUUUACUAUUGUCAAACUAUUGUUGUAAAUGUAAGACUUCAGUAUUGUUUAGUUAUUCAGAUACAUGUAGGACUUUACUAUUCUUCUGGGUUGUAAUAAUCAUGAGGGUCUUCCCCCUGGAUAAUUUCAACAUUUUU